CUCCCCUACUGGCAUUUCUGCAUUCCCAAAAAUGUCCCGUGUUCCUCUCUUAGCAAUAUCAUCUGUCGCUGGGAGCAUUCUUCUGAAUCGCUACGCCCCAGCCUACAACCUUAGCGACUCGCUGGUUAUUCGUACCAUCGUUCUUUUCUGGGCACAAGUGUUGAUUCUUUCGACAUGGUCGAUGCUUCUAUACCCCCAUUGCUUCAGCCCCAUACGCCGUUUACCCCAGCCGGUGGGAGCUAACUGGCUGAUGGGCCAUUUUGGCAAGAUCAGAAAAGAGACUACUGGAGAGCCCCAGCGCGAGUGGAUGGAAACAGUACCCAAUGACGGCCUUAUUUACUAUAGGUUCGCUUUCAACAGCGAGCGCGUUCUACUGACAUCCCCAACCGCCUUGGCUGAAGUGUUGGUGCAUAAAAAUUACGAAUUUAUCAAGCCACAGCAGAUUAGGCACGGUCUUGGAAGAGUACUUGGUAUCGGCCUCAUCUUAGCAGAGGGUGAAGAGCACAGGCACCAACGAAAGGCCCUCAUGCCUGCAUUUUCCUUCCGUCACAUCAAAGACCUGUACCCCGUUUUCUGGAAAAAGAGCCAGGAAGCCGCUGAGUCCAUGGCUACUGCCUUGGAGCAAUCAUGCAAAGGCUUGGAGAAGAGCUCCGCUAUAGAUAUAGCAAAUUGGGCAUCUCGUGCCACGCUUGAUAUCAUCGGUGUUGCCGGCAUGGGCGAGGACUUCAACGCUUUACAAAACCCGGAAAGCGAACUGAACGUUACGUACCGCAAGAUCUUCUCCCCCAACAAAGUCGCGCGCCUUCUGCAACUGCUUGGAGUUUUGGUACCUUUAUCCGUUGUACGCCGUAUCCCCGUAAAACGCAAUUUUGAGGUUGCCGAUGCGGCCACGACUAUCAAGCGUGUUGCAUACGAUCUCAUUCAAGAGAAAAGGCAAAAAAUGGAGAAAGGAGAGCAGCGAACCGACGUGGACAUCUUGUCUGUUGCCAUCGAAUCGGGUGGUUUCACUGAUGAAGAACUUGUCAAUCAGGUCAUGACCUUCCUAGCCGCUGGUCACGAAACUGUUGCCGCGGCCAUGAUUUGGGCAGUUUACCUUCUAUGCAAAUACCCGCAUGUACAAAAACGCCUCAGAGAGGAGAUCCAUGCAAACAUCCCGUCUCUGCACACUACUAUAACUUCUACGGAUAUCGAUCGUCUUCAAUACCUCAACGCCGUUUGCAACGAGGCUACUCGUAUCUAUCCACCGGUACCCAUGACUCUGCGCAUUGCCGCAAAAAACACCACGAUUUUGGGCCACUUCAUCCCAAAGGGCACAACCGUAAUCAUUUCACCAUGGGCCAUCAACACAAAUCGCCAGCUUUGGGGCAACGAUGCGGACGAGUUUGACCCGGAUCGCUGGAUGGGACCUGGUCGUGCUAACAGCGGUGGCGCUGACAGCAACUAUUCAUUUUUGACUUUCCUUCAUGGCCCUAGGUCUUGUAUUGGCCAAGGGUUUGCGAAAGCAGAGUUCGCGUGUCUAUUAGCCGCCUGGGUUGGGAAAUUCGAGAUGGAGUUGACUGAUCCAAACUGGAAACUAGAGGUCCAGGGCGGUAUUACAGCUAGGCCUAAGGGGAACCUACCGAUCAAGCUUACGCCAUUAACGAGCUGGUAAAGCAGAAUAUAUACAAUUAACUGUCCUACCUCAAAAACAAUAAUAUUAAGUUGCUUAACG